UAAAUGUUAACUUUUGGUGUUCGGCUCGAUUAAGUUAGUUUAGUUAAUAUCUCGUGUGAGUGUUUCUUCUCUUUGAACUUCCUUGUUUUUCAGUUUUUAUUUGCUGUUGUUGUUUAUGUUUAAAAUAAAAUUUUAUUGCCAUCGAUAAGCGCAUUUAUUUCCACAAAUAUUUGAUAGAAAACAACCGGCAAUUUUGUUGUUUUUCCUUUGUCUGCCCGUCUGUUUUGUGUAAAUAAUUUGAUCGCGUGUAAAUUUUAAUACAAAGAAAAAUGACGUUCAACAAUGUAAGCAACCGACGAAUUCAAAUCGUAUUCAUUGCGUGCAUCAUUUCAAUUGGAUCGAUUCGAUUUUGUGCGGCUGAACUGUUUACCGCCAUCACUGAAUUGGAAGAUCUAUUGGAUACUGAAGCGGUACUGAUAAACAAUUUGGAGGCAUAUGUGGAGGCUCAAGAAAAGAAAUUAAAUUUCUUAAGAAGGCGAAUCAGCGAAUAUCAGAGGGAACAUGAUGAAGCAUCCAGGGACAUAGGUAAAUACAUAUCGAAUCCAGUCAAUGCAUACCUCCUAACAAAACGUUUGACCAGCGAUUGGAGCAUCGUCGAACAGGUGAUGUCGCACGAUCUUGCUAAUGAAUACUUGGAAAAUGUAACGUUACACCGAAAUCUAUUGAAAUUCCCGUCUGAUGAAGAUCUAAACGGUGCAGCGGUUGCACUGACACGUCUUCAGGAUACAUAUAAAUUGGACACGGCAGAAAUUGCACGCGGUGAAAUCAAUGGCAUCAAAUACAGUUCGCAAAUGUCGUCGCACGAUUGCUUCGAAAUGGGACGGCAAUCGUAUUUGAAUAGCGAUUAUUACCAUACAUUAUUGUGGAUGAACGAGGCAAUGGCUAGAUUGAAUAACAAUACCAACGACCCAGCGAUCGUUCCAAAGUCUGACAUUUUGGAAUAUUUAGCGUUUUCCGUGUUCAAACAAGGCGACAUUCCUACGGCUUUGGAAAUGACAAACGAAUUGCUGAAUUUGGUGCCCAACCAUGAACGAGCCUCUGGAAAUAAGAUAUUUUACGAAAAAGAAUUGGCCAAAGAAACGGAAGCAAAAGCCGACAAGAUGCUACGCGGUGAUGAUGGCUCACCCGACCUGGAUUAUGACCAAGCAAAUACUGUACAAACUGCGAUUUAUACGUCGGAAGAGCGUAAAAAUUACGAGAAAUUGUGUCGCGGUGAAAUAAAGCCGGACGCCAAAUUUCUAUCCAAAUUAAAAUGUCGAUAUGUAACAAAUAAAUCACCAUUUUUGAAAAUUGCACCACUAAAAUUAGAAGAGGCUAGUCUAACACCAUACAUUGUAGUUUAUCAUGAUGUGAUAUACGACCGUGAAAUUGAACUGAUUAAACAAAUGGCAAAACCACGGUUCCGCCGAGCCACUGUUCAAAACCACAAAACCGGUGAACUGGAAGUGGCUACGUACCGAAUAAGCAAAUCGGCUUGGCUUAAAGAUAUUGACGAUGACGUUGUACGAACGAUUGGAUUGCGUGUUGAAGAUAUGACCGGUUUGACGGUGACCACAGCCGAAGAUCUACAAGUGGUUAAUUAUGGUAUUGGCGGUCAUUAUGAGCCACAUUUCGAUUUUGCACGUGCAGAAGAGGUAAAUGCAUUCGCUUCACUCGGAACUGGCAACCGCAUUGCUACCGUCCUUUUCUAUAUGAGCGAUGUAUCACAAGGUGGUGCCACAGUAUUUACACAAAUUAAUAUAGCGUUGUGGCCACGGAAAGGUUCGGCAGCGUUUUGGCUUAAUUUGUACCCAUCCGGAGAUGGUAAUUAUUUGACACGGCAUGCGGCUUGCCCCGUGCUAACCGGCUCAAAAUGGGUUUGCAAUAAAUGGUUGCAUGUUGUUGGUCAGGAAUUCCUCCGGCCAUGUGGACUCGAUAAAGAUGAACAAUAGCAUCGAUCCAAAUCAAUCAAUUCUUCGAAAUCAUUCUCAACCAUUGCGCUGAAAAAAAGAAUGCAUUUUUCCGUCGUUGCUCAACAACAACCAUAAAUUGUCCAUAAUGUUAAUAACACCGAAAAUGAAUUUACAUUUGUCUGUUUGAUGAUUUUUUUUUUCUCUCCUCUUUAGCUCUUUAAAAUGUUUUGCAUAGAAUAAUUUCCAUAAAAAAAAAUCGAAAUAAAAAGAAAAUAAACAUGGAA